AUGUGUUUUCUUCCAUUCCUCGGUUGUCGUGUUCUCAGAAGGAGGUUUCGUGCCUUGCUGCCAGACCUUAGAUGGCUUCCUGUACAUUCGCCUUCAACGCUGACGAAGCAAAGGCGGUCGGUGGAAGUGGUCGGCGGAGCGUCGACCCCUCCAACGUCUGGUAUAAUCAGUACCACCGGAGAAGCCAGCGCCAUAGCCGGAGUCUACCGGAAAAAAGGUAUAGAUGGAGUUCGCAUAGACUGCAAUAGACGGGAUGCGAAGACCAGUGAUUGCUUUGGUUGUUGUUCCAAUUCACCACUAAUUACUGCUGUUGACGAGCCAUCAAAGGGCCUUAAAGUACAAGGCCAAACUAUGAAGAUAUCUAUUCUUUUAGAUGAUUUUUGUGAAUUCUUUCACAAGCCUUUCGAAAAAAAAAGGCAGAGUUAUGAAGGUUUUGAAAGGUGGAGCCUCUCCCAGAUGGAUCUGGACAAGGAUGUUCGUUCUGAAGAUGAUCUUGUGGGAGAGCACUUAAGGGAUCUCAAAGCUGCAAGAGCUUAUCAAGACACCAGUUUAGUCAUCAUAGCAUGUCUAGCAAUCAACCGGUCUGCCCGACUGCAUAGAAGAAUGCAACAGCAGAGGCAUCCAUUCGCAAACUUGAGAAGAAGUUAG